CUACGGGGUAAAAACAUUGAGAAAGGCUUCUCCAAGUAUUGCUUUGUUUUACUAAACUGUGCAACUGCCAUUUACUUUUUUCAGAUCAUCAGGUCGUUCUAUAAUGACACGUACAUCCAUCGUUACAACAAGUCAAUUUCUGAAAGCCUCCUGACAUCACUCUGGUCCCUCUCUGUGGCCAUAUUCUCCGUAGGUGGGAUGGUGGGCUCCCUCUCCGUAGGGUACUUCGCCAACCGUUUUGGCAGGAGGAAUGCCAUGCUACUGGUCAAUGUUUUUGCUCUGGUGGGAGGAGCCUUAAUGGCACUUUCUAAGGUUGCUUGGUCCAUCGAGAUGCUGAUUAUUGGAAGAUUCAUUAUUGGAGUUUUCUCUGGGUUCUGCACUGGUCUAGUGCCGAUGUACAUCGGAGAACUGGCGCCCACUGCUUACCGAGGAGCUUUGGGGACACUCAACCAGCUUGGCAUCGUGGUUGGAAUAUUGAUAGCACAAAUUUUUGGUCUCAACAUUAUCUUGGGUUCAGUGACCUUCUGGCCCCUGUUGUUGGGUAUCACAGUCCUCCUGGCGAUCAUCCAGUGUGUCCUUUUGCCAUUCUGCCCUGAAAGCCCCCGCUUCCUGCUGAUCAUCAAGCAUGAACAGGACAGAGCUGAAAAAAUCUUACAGAACCUUCGACAAUCCCACGAUGUGUCCGGUGAAAUGGCAGAAAUGAAGGAGGAAGGAGAACGCAUGGCGCAGGAGAAACCCGUGUCCUUCAUUGAAUUAUUCCGCUCCAGGCAGUAUCGCCAGCCCAUCUUUAUCGCCAUCAUUCUUCAGCUGUCGCAGCAACUGUCCGGGAUCAAUGCAGUGCGUAACCUCCCUGUCUAUCUUCUGAGCCUUUUCUCCGUUUCCUCCAGCUACCUCUUACUAUGCAGGCUGGUCAAGCUAAAACGGGAGAUGGGGCAGAUCAGAGCGGGGUAA